AUGCCUCAGACAAGUCUUUCCAUGUCCUCAGCACUGGGCAUCCGCCUGGAAGGAAAUCAACGUUCAUAUUCUCCAGGUGACACAAUUAUUGGCUGUGUUUACCGACAAAGCCCUGUCGUGAGUCCAGACUCAUCAGUCACCAUCGCCUUAUCUGGGAGAGCCAAAUCCAAGAUAGUCAUCCAUCGCGCAAGCACAAACAGCACAGCUAGUUACCGAGGCCGUUUCAAUCUCAUCCCCGAGUCUGUUUGCUCCCAAAAGAUCUUCCAAGGCCCGCUCCAUAUUGAAAGCGGUGGCGAUGAGCAGACAUGGCCGUUUGCAAUUACGCUGCCAAAACAUGUUGACCCGAAAUACUUGCAAGGCGGGCGCCAAGACCAGAGUUUUCUAUCUCUUGGCGCAACAGAUCAUGUUCUACCAUCGACCUAUUCACUUCGCUCUGUUGGAGAGACUGAAGGAUUUGUCGAGUACUCUGUGAAAGCUACCUUGAGGGUCACCGGAAAAGGUCAUAUUAAUAUGACUGAAGCAGUCCUUCCGUUUAACGUCAUAAAUCUCAGUCCUGACCCUCCCAUAGCGGACUUUGGCCUCAAAGGUUCACGGAGCCGUCAGACCAUGUCGAGUUAUCGCCUUGUCCCCGGUAUGGAAGAUGUCAAGUUAUCAUUUUCCCAAAAGAUGAAGCAGUCUUUCAGCACUUCAAGUGUGCCAGAAUUCGUCUACAAUCUCCUUGUUGACGUCCCAACCGUCAUCCAACUUGAAAACCCAACUCCGAUCCCGUUCAAGUUACGUGUCGUUCCAGAUUUGAAUGCGACAAGCGAAAUCAUCAAAGAAAUCCCACAAAAAGUCAAAUUGUCAUCAGUUUCUAUGCGGAUCGUCAGCAGCACCGAGGUCAUAUGCGAAGGAACUCUGUUUAGUCAAACAAAUGAAAAACGUGAGGAGAUUGACCUGCGUCUUGAGAGUGCCAUGAGCAGAAUUCAGGGCGAUAUCUAUAUCCCCUGUACAGAUGAGGGCCCCCCACUCGAUAUUGGAGCCCUACUUGGUUUGCGUCUUGAACAAUUACGACCCGGUUCUCCCCAUCGGCCAAGUAGCUUGACGAAACUCAACCCUACCUUUACCACAUACAACAUUCGUCUUUCGCAUAGGCUGACUUGGAAGGUCAUAGGCGAGAUAGCGGGAGAGCGCUUUAGCGCGUUGGGUGCAGUCCAAUUAAAGAUCUUGAUGCCAAGUGACGAGCGUGGGCGGCUGGGUGAAAAGAACUCAGUUCAAAGGACUGAAACUGAAGAGUCAUUUGACGGUGCGCCAGGUCCGUCUCAAUUGCAAAGGAACGAAUCGUGGAUACAGCCUCCAGACGAAGAUGAUGCACCGCCAAGCUUUAAUGAAGUAGUUGAGGAAGGCAAGGGAGCUAGCGUAGCAGAGAAGCCCCAUGAAUAG